AUGUCAGCGACUCCAGUAUCAGCGACGCAACGAUUAACCCGUUCAGAAUUGAACUUAUUCCUAGAUGAUAUCGAACAGAAUAUCAAUAUUGAUGAUAAUGCUGAUUUCAAAAAAUUGAUCUUAUACUUAUUCAGCUUUACCAAUGACAAACUUCUAAGUCAUGCCCAUCAAUCAACUAAUAUAGAUUCUGAUGAAGAGAAACUAUUACUUAAAUUGAUAAAUACAAUUGAAUUGGUACUAUCAAAGAGAUUACAUCUUUUAAAUGUUCAACUUCAAUAUGAUGAUUUCAAACUGAUCUUUCAACCUUCAAUGAUGAUUAAUGAAGGAAAUGAUGAAGAAGAUUCGUCUAUACUAUCUUCAUCUGAACCUAUCCUACUUUAUGAAUGGUCCAUAUUAUUUGCUUUAUAUCAUAUACCGAAUUAUCAUAAUCAUGUUAAUACUUUGAAUCAAAUCAAAUCAUUCAUUAUUCAUAUUAUUAACCUUGUUACCACAAAAUUGCAUAACAUCAAAUAUAUUAAACUAUUACGAUCAAAAUUACUAUCCAUCGUUGAAGCAAAUCUAAAUAAGUUGUUACUAAAUAUCGCCAAUGAUAUUUCUAUCCCUAAUUUCAAUCAAAAGCUUAUACAAACAGUUCAUUUAUUUUCAAUUCUAAAUGAUUAUGAUUUAUCUAAAAAGUUAUCGUUACAUUUAAUCAAUUAUCAACUCAAAUUUGAAAGUUAUAGUCGAAAAAUUUGGUUUAUCUUAAAUGAAAUCUUUCCUAAUAAUAAUCAAGAUUCAAUAGUACAAUUAUUAGAUAAUUUAAAAUCAAUUAUAAUUAUGAAUUUAACUGAUAAUCUAGUAUUACAUGAUUCAAUUACAUGGAAUCAGAUCUCAAUUGUAUUGACAUGGAUUAUUGAAUAUUUAAGAUUCGAUACUAAAGAUUUCGGAAAAUUCACAAAUUUAAAUAAAUCAAGUUCUUAUACUUUAUUAAAGAUAUUUUUAUUAUGUAUUGAAAAAGAUAUAAUCGAAAACUUUAUUAAUUGUCAUAAUUUAAAAAGUUUAUUGACCAAAUUGAAUGAUACAAUCUUUAUCUCCAACUUACCAUUAAUCAUAUUGAAAUCAUUGCAUAUUAUAAGAUUUUACUAUAAUCUAUUAAUCAAUGAAGAGUCCGUGGUUAAUAAAUAUCAAACAUCAAAUUUAAAUCAAUUUAUAAUAACAUCUUACCCUGAUUCUGAUUUGGAAGUAUUACGACUUAAAUUAUUAAACCUCAAUGCAAAUCCCAAAUCAUCAGAUCGUAAGAGUUAUUUUGAUACAAAUAUAAUUAAACGUCAAUUAUUGGAUUUCAUAGUACUGUCGGAACAUAAAUUCGACGAAGAAAAUACAAUUCAUAAUCAUCAUCAUAAAAAUGGAAACCAACUGCAAAUUAUAAGUCAGGAGAUAAAUUGUUCAGAUUGGAUAAGUCAUAGUAAAGAUUUAAUAAUAAAUAAUCCAGAGCUUUUUGAUGUGGAUUAUACUCUUUAUACUUUCAUCACAGCUUUAGGUAAUCUACCUUGUAUUCUUAAUAAUGAUUAUGACUAUAAAAUCAAUGAAUGUGUAAGAUGUGGUACUGGUCCUAUGAAUAAAAAUUAUUAUGAUAUAAUUGAUCCUAAUCGAAAAGUAUUUUAUACAUCCCCAGAAAUUAUCAUUCUUUAUGAAGUUAUAAUCUCCGACUUUUUAAUAUCAAAGAAACGACAAGUAUUUGAAAACAAUCCAUUGUUAUGUUGUAAUUUAUUAUUAACCAUUUACAAACUAUUUGCAAGUUAUAAUCCCCAGAUGGUAUCCAUUCAUGAUGAAAGAAUAUUUGCAUUCUUAAUGAGUUUAUUAAAUAAUAAUAAUAAUAGAGAUGUCAGAUUACUAGUGGCUAGAAUAUUCCCAUUAUAUUUAAUUCAAGCUCGAAUGGUAAAUACAGAUCAAACUUUUAAAGCCAUUUUCCAAAGUGUAGCCAAUAUUGAUUUUAGCAAUGAAAAUAGAAGACAUUUUGCUGAAUCAACCAUCAAGGCAUUACUGGAAUUAGCUAUUGUUUCUCAUGGAGAAAGAUUAUGUGUUAUAUUUAUCAAACUUAUUGAUUUCUUUGGUCAAUAUAACGAACAACAUGUUAAUUAUGUUUAUAAUUCAUUUUUGAAUAUUGCAACUGCAAAAUCAUUAGCACCGUAUAAAUUAUUAUCUCCUUAUCUCCCAAGUAUCGCAGAAGUGAUCAUAAAAAAACCACGAAUGUUUGCAAGAGUUACUGAAUUAUUAGGCGUAACUAAAAGGUUCUUUUUAAACAGAACUAGAGAAUAUACUACCCCUCGUUUGUUGGAAUAUUAUAAAUAUGAUUUUAUUCAAGAAAUUGCAGAAGCUUCUAAUUUAAGCAAAUUAGAAUUGGUUACUAAAAAUUUAUCAAGAAUCAUAGCUUAUUAUCUUGUUAAGGAUGAAACCAUUGAUGAAAAAUAUAUAAUUAACGUUUUGGCUAAUGUUUCACCCAAUUAUAAGUUAAUAAACUUACGUGAUUUGAUUUCAAAAGUUGGAGAAGUCACUUGGUUUAUAUUAAUUCAGAUUGAUGUCGAUGAAAAUAAUGAAAUUGUAAAUAACGAACGAAUUCUUAAAGCAUUAGAAUUCGUUGCCAAAAUUUCACUAGAGCAAAAGGGUAGAUCAGUUGAAUCCAAGCGUAAUUAUGUGGAAUAUCAUAUAGGUGAAAAUGUAUUAGAAUUAGUUCAAAAAUUUAGCGAAAAUGUCCAUCACAUCAAAGGUAGCAAACCAUAUUUGGAAAAGGUAAGUUCAUUAAGAGCAAUUGAAUUCUUGAUUAACAUUAAUAUUGAUGCAAUAACGACUGCUCUUGGUCAAAUUUCAACUUGUUUACAAGCUUCAUUGGAAAUUCCAGAAUUUCAAUACUUUGCAUUAAGAAAUUUUCACGCUUUAGUUCAAAAAUUACCUCAACAACAUUUAGUUUCUAUGAUUGAUAUUAUAAUAUCACUGAUUUAUCAGAAAUUUGAAACGUUUGAUAAAACCUCAAAGGAUUUGGCAGGUAAAGUUCUUAAAGGAAUCUAUGAAGAAAUCAAAGAUAAGAAUAAUCAAUAUGCGUUAUAUUUUUUGUCAAUUCCCUUCUUAGAUUAUCUUCAAAGUAGCGAUAUUGUACUGGGAGGUUUCAAAAAGAUAAAACAAAUUUCAAAAUUAGUAAUUUUUCGAGAGUUUACUAGAAGAUUAAAAACCAGUAAUGAAUAUGUUGUUCAACAAGCUCUAUUCGAUUUAACUAAUUAUUGUGAACAAUAUCAAUAUAAUUGUCAAUCUGAUUAUUUCAAAGAUGCAAUUUUAGAGCCAUGUAUUGGUGAUCUUGUUAGAUCAAUCUUGGAUACAGCAGCUAAAUUCAAAAAUAAGAACGUGAAAAUAUCAACUGCUUGUGCAAAGGCUUUAUCAAUUAUGGGUGCUCUAGAUGCUAACAAAUUUAAGUAUAAAUCAAUCAAGCUGCAAAUUGUUAUUAUUCAAGAUUUUAAGGAUUAUCGAGAAAAUAGUGAAUUUUUAGUUGAUUUUAUUGAAAAUAUAGUGUUAAAGACCUUUUGGGCUUCAAGUGAUCCCGUUAAUCAAUUAUUCUAUGCUUAUGCUAUGCAGAACUUUCUUAAGGUUUUACGAUUAGAUUUUAAGAUUUUAACUCCAAAUAGUCAAGAUUAUCUCGUAAAUGUUUGGAAAAAUUUUAGUGAUAUUGCAAAAUCAACCUUGACUCCAUUGUUAUCGUCUAAAUAUGUGGCACCUAUAUCAAAAUAUGAACCAUUAAAUUUCCCUCAUUUCAAGUUGGGUAUGAAAUAUGAGAACUGGUUAGUGGAUUUUACUUCUGAUUUGUUGAAAAGACCAUUGUUAAGUGUGUUUACUAAUAGUGAUGAAGGUCUGAAAAGUGCUAUUUUCGAGACAUGUUCUCGAUUAGUGAAAGAUCAAGAUAAUUCAAUUUGUCAUUAUCUUCUUAAAUAUGUCGCCUUGUCUCAUAUUAGUAAUGGAAAUGAAUCGGCAAUUCAGAAUAUUAAAGAGGAGUUCUUAAAUAUUUUACAUAUUGAUUCCACCUCAACUUCUCCUGAUAGGGUAGAGCUGUUGAAGUCUUGUUUUCAAACUGUAUUUGAAGUUUUGGAUUACUUGAACGAGUGGGUUUCAACUGCAGCACAAUAUAUUAACAUAAACCACUUAGAACAGACUGAAAUGCAGACAAUUAAAAGAAACAUUGUAUAUGUACGCGACUUUAUCGAUAUUAUUCCCAUGGAUUUGAUUGCAAUUAAGUCUGCUGAAUGUGAUUCGUAUGAAAGAACAAUUCUAUAUCUUGAAAAGUGUUAUCGUGAAGGGAAAGUGGAUGCAUCUUUGCAGCUUGAUAAUUUGAAUUUUGUUACCACUUUACAAGCCAUGUAUUCAAAUAUUGAUGAUUAUGACGAGUUAAAUGGGGUGUUACAAAAGUUUUCAACCAAUAACUUAGGGGAGAAAUUGAAAACAUUCCAGUAUAAUGAUAAUUGGUCAGUAGCUCAAGAAUCAUUUCAAAUAUUAGGUACGACCGGUGAUACUCAAGUCGAAAAUAACACCAAGCUUUUGAAGUCAUUAAAUGAACAUGGUUUACAUGAAGAAGUUUUGUCUACAUUAGCAGAGAAGUGUGAUGAAAGGACAUUGAGCUCUAUUCCAUUGGAUUGGGCGCUUGUUGGGUUGCAGUCCUCGGUUUAUUCUGGAGAUGUGCAAGAGAUCAAAAAGUGGUUCUUCAUUGUUAAUUCUAUUGGUAGGCCGCAAGAUGUUGAGACUUUAAUAAACUAUGAAUUCGCUAAAGGAGUAAAUUUCUUAUUUGAAGACAAGACAUCUGAAUUUACAAAAUGUAUGGAUAAUCUUUACAAAGUUAUUGGUAAUAGUAUAGUUCCUAGUAUUUCAUCCAGCUUUUCAAGAAAUGUUAAUUUUAUGAACCAACUUCAUUCAAUUUAUGACUUAUCAUUAAUAACAAAACUCGAACACAUAGAUGAUGCUGCGUUAAAAAUCCAAAAUGAAGCAAUUCUUAGAGGAAGAUUGAGUAAUAUUGAUCAAAGUUUUGAUACUCAAUUACAAAUUUUAUCAUUGCACAAUGUGGGUAAUAAAUUAAGAUCUGAUAAUGCGAAAGUUUCUCAAAUCUUGCUUUACAUUUCAUCUUUAGCUAGGAAGAAUAAUCGAUUGGACAUUUCAACAAGAUCCAUUAUGAAAGCAAUGGCAUUGGAUUAUGGAGAUGCAAACACAGAGUAUACUAAAUUACUUUGGGCUCAAGGCAAACAGACUGAAGCUAUUAAAUCAUUAUCAGAAAUUAUCAAGGAUGACAACUUUAAAACCAAGGAAAUAAAGGCCGAAGCUCAAUUGCAAUAUGCGAAAUGGUUAGAUGAGUCGAAUCAUUUAUCGUCACUAGCCAUUAUCAGUGAAUAUACGAAAGCAAUAGAUCUCAAUCAGUCUUCUGAAAAGGCUUACUAUGAUUUAGGAUCCUAUUUCAAUAAGAUUUUUCAAUCUGGUAAUGAUCAAUCUGGUUAUUAUGAACAACAAACAGUUCGGAAUUUUUUAAAAUCCUUAGCUUUGGGGAGUAGAUAUAUUUUUGAAGCUUUACCCAAAGUAAUUACUAUUUGGUUGGAUCUAGCUCAAAAAACAGAUAGAAGUAAAGAAGCAGAUCGUAGGAUCAAAUUAAUAAUAGAAGAUUUGGGUAAAAGUAUAACUACUAUUCCAGUUUAUGUUUGGUAUACGGCUAUAACUCAAAUACUUUCUAGGAUAGUUCACGAACAUACAGAAUCAUAUGAGCUUAUGGCCCUGAUUAUGUAUUUAAUCAUAAAGCUGUAUCCACGUCAUAGUGUAUGGUAUGUUUUAUCUCAUUCAAACUCGAAUGAUCAAGUAAGAAAGGAAAAGAUUGGCAGUAUCUUAAGAAGAGUUAUGAACAAAGAUAAUGACAUUGACAGAUCAAGAAUAUUAUUUAAUAGUUUAAUUAAGAUUGCAUCUCAUAAGAUUUCCAAGCAAUCUAAAAUGAGACACUUAUCUUUACGUAAUGAUUUCCUGGUUGAUAAUCUUGAGGAACCAUUUGAAUCAUUAGUCAUCCCAGUGAGAUCCAAUUUAGAAAUCAGACUUCCAUCAGUGUAUGCACGACUGUUUAAUGCUUUUCCUAAAUCUGCAUCUGUUACAUUUGAUGGAGUUGACGAUCAAGUCAAUAUAUUCUUUUCAUUACAGAUGCCAAGACAAAUUACUGUCAGAGGAUCCGAUGGUAAAGCGUAUAGAUUGAUGUUGAAGAAAGAUGAUACAAGAAAGGAUGCCAAAGUUGGUGAAUUCACUACUGUGAUUAAUCGAUUAUUAUCAUCUAGUAAUGCAACUAGAAAAAGAAAUCUUCAAAUUCCAAAUUAUGCUGUUAUACCAUUAGCUGAUAAUCUAGGAGUGAUUGAAUUUGUGGUUGAUGUUUCACCUAUAAAGACAAUAAUUGCUGAACAAAGGAAAAGAAUGGGGGUUCCAUUUAAUGAACGAAAGGUAUUUACAAGAUUAGAUAAUGCUCAAAAAUCAGUUAAACAUGCACAACCUAAGGAUAAUGAACCAAGAGAAGAUUUGCUAAGAAUAUAUGAUCGUCUUAUUAAAGAGAACCCACCUGUUUUACAUCACUGGUUCAUUGAUCAAUUUUCUGAUCCAUCAGCAUGGUAUUUGGCUCGAACCAACUUUACUCGAUCAUUAGCAGUAAUGUCAAUUGUAGGAUAUAUUAUUGGAUUAGGUGAUAGACAUUGUGAAAAUAUUCUUAUCUUUAAGAAAACAGGAUCAGUCCUACAUAUUGAUUUUGAUUGUUUAUUUGAAAAGGGUUCCACAUUACCUACUCCUGAGAUUGUUCCAUUUAGAUUAACUCAAAAUUUAGUUGAUGCUAUGGGGAUUUGUGGUAUUGAAGGAAGUUUUAGAAUUACUUGUGAAGUAACUGGAUCAUUAUUACGAGACAAUGAAGCUCCAUUGAUGAAUAUUUUAGAAACUUUAUUAUAUGAUCCAUUAUUAGAUUGGAAAACUCAAAAGCCAGAUGCUCAUUUAUCAAAAGUUCGUAGAAAAUUAAGAGGGUUAGUUAAUGAAAAGGAAGGUUUACCAAUGAAUAUAAGUGGACAAGUUGAUGUUCUUAUUCAAGAAGCUACAUCUAAUGAAAGAUUAUGUCAAAUGUAUGGUGGUUGGGCACCCUAUGUAUAG